AUGGCUGAGGCGGUGGAGACCACGCCCACGCUUACGGUGCUGUAUGCGACCGAAACAGGCAACGCAGAGGACCUGGCCGUGCGCAUCGCACACCUCGCGUACCGAUACCAUGUUUCGGCGCGCGUAUGCAACAUGGCAGACUAUGAUAAGGCAGCCCUUGUCGACGAGACAUGUGUCGUGUUUGUCGUCUCGACGACUGGCAAUGGUGAGUUUCCUGCCUCUGCGCGCACAUUCUGGCGCUUUCUACUACGUAAAGGACUACCGGGCGAUAUAUUAUCGGACGUGACCUUUGCUACCGUUGGCCUCGGCGAUUCGACAUACACGCGUUUCUGUUGGGCAGCACGAAUGCUCAACCAACGCCUGAAAGAUCUGGGCGCGGUUGAAUGGCUCGAAGCUGGCGAGGCUGAUGAGCAGCACGAACUAGGACUCGAUGGCGAUCUCUUACCGUGGCUCGAUCAGCUGGCUGAGCGAAUGGCCAACGAUCUGGCCGACCCGCCAGGACGUACGCCACUGCCGAGCGACACACUCUUACCGCCUCGUGUCGAUGUGCAAGUAUCGGCCACUGCGCCUGCGGAGCCUCUACCAAAGGUGCCCGGCACAGUGUCUACGACCCUCAAAGCGAAUGUUCGCAUGACAGACGACUCGCACUUUCAAGAUGUGCGCCUUCUUACGUUUGCCCUCCCGCCUGACGUCCCACGACCUGCGUACCGAGCAGGGGAUGUGGCAUGUAUUAUGCCGGGCAACGAUCCACAAAAAGUCGAGCAUCUUCUUGCCCGACUUGGCUGGCUGAAGGACGCUGAUUCCGCCCUGGCCCUACACAAUCGCGAUCCAUACCGACCAUUUCCACCUGCCUUGGCACAGGAAGUACAGCACGGCUCAUUGACGCUACGUCGUCUGCUUACAUGGCACUUGGACCCGUUUUCCGUGCCGCGUCGCUCCUUCUUUGCCAUGCUCCAGCACUUUUCACCUACAGAUCACAUGGAACAUCGCCGACUGGUCGAAUUUUUGCAGCCGGGCGACGGAACCGAUGACAUGUACGACUAUGCUCAGCGAGUACGGCGUACGAUGGCCGAGGUGUUGCAUGAGUUCAAGAGCGUACAGAUACCCGUUUCGUAUGUCAUGGACGUCUUUCCGCUGAUGCGGGAACGCCAAUACAGCAUUGCAAGUGGGCCUUCCUGGUACCCUGAUUCGAUUCAGUUGGCCGUGGCUGUGGUGCAGUACAAAACGCGCAUCCAGCAACCGCGGCAAGGCAUUGCUAGCACCUGGCUCGCCCAUCUGGAGCCUGGCGCCCAGGUUCCUGUGCGAAUCCAAGCAGGGACGCUCCUAGCUCCUGCCCAGCCCACGACGCCGAUCCUUAUGAUCGGGCCAGGGACAGGCAUCUCACCCCUACGCUCGCUCGUCCAGGAGCGAUACGCUGCGCAAGCGUCCGGCGCCGUGACAGUGAUCGCUGGGUGCCGCUAUGCCGCCAAGGACGGAUUGUUCUUCGACGAAUGGAAGCAGCUCGCCACUGGCCACAGCCCUGAGAUACCCUCCCUAUCUACACUGACAUUGCAAGAUCAGCCACGCAAAGACGAUGCCGCGACGCCUGCCCCCCUGACGUUGUACGUGGCCGCGAGUCGCGACCAGCCCCACAAAGUGUACGUCCAAGAUGUGCUUCGUGAACACGGCGCAGAGAUCUGGGACCUGAUGCAUCAGCAGCGGGGCAUCGCCUACUUGUGUGGCACGUCAGGCAAAAUGCCCGAGCAAGUUCGGCAGGCGAUGAUCGAUGUGUUUGUCACACACGGACACAUGAACGAAGAUCAGGCCAAGCGGUACAUGACCACCUUGGAGACAGAAAAGCGCUGGCAAGAAGAAUGCUGGUGA